GUUAGUUCCUUUUUAAGACGUUGAAUCCGCUAGUUGGUGAAGACGGGGAAAAUUUUUAAUUUUCUUUAAUCAUCUGCCCCAUUUAACUUUAUUUUCAAAAAUUAGUUAAAGAAACUAAAGCAAAAAAUGCCACCAAAGUUUGAUCCUACUGAAGUUAAGUACGUGUACUUAAGAUGUGUCGGUGGAGAAGUUGGCGCAACAUCUUCGCUUGCCCCAAAAAUUGGUCCACUAGGUCUCAGCCCUAAGAAAGUGGGAGAUGAUAUUGCUAAAGGAACAGCAGACUGGAAAGGUUUAAAAAUAACCGUUCAACUGAAAAUCCAAAAUCGACAAGCUACAAUUAGCGUUGUACCAUCUGCCGCUUCUCUUAUAAUUAAGGCAUUGAAAGAACCUCCACGUGACAGAAAGAAGCAAAAGAAUAUUAAACACAAUGGCAACAUUAGUUUCGACGACAUUUUAGCGAUUGCAAGACAAAUGAGGCCGAGAUCAAUGGCGAAAAAACUAGAAGGUACAGUUAAGGAAAUGUUGGGAACUGCACAAUCCGUCGGUUGCACAAUCGAUGGCAAGUUGCCACAUGACGUUAUCGAUGAAAUUAAUAACGGCACUGUAGAAGUACCGGAAGAAUGAAUUCGUUGAUUAAUAAAUUACUUAAGUAAUAAUGA